AGCGCCGCUGGGCCGCGGGCCGGGCCCUGCGCGGCGGGGGAAGGACGGGGGGAGGAGGAGCGAGGAGACAGGGAGCGGUCGCUUUCUGGGACGGAGCGGGGCGAGGGGUUGAGGCGCCCGGCGCCGAGCCGAGCUGAGCCGUUGCGACACCGGCAGGGCGGUGGAAUUUGAAGAUGCCUAAAAAGAAACUGAAGAAAUUAACCGGAAAAGAGGACAGUUUGGAUGGCCAGGAUGACAAAAACUCUGAAGACACAGGAUCUUAUAAUCGUACUGUGAAAGGAGAGACAGAAUUUCACAGAUUCAAAACAGAGGAAGAUGGGCAAGGGAAGAAACGAUACCAAAGUUCUAAGAGUGGUGCUGAUGGAAGAUCCCAAGGGAAAUCUCCAAACGGAAGCAGAACUACAGACAGUUCUUUAAUCCAAUCUGAAAAGCGAAAGAGAAUAGUUAUACAAUUUAAAUCCAAAGAAAUUAAAUGUGGAAAAAGUGCAAGCACCGCUGAUGUAGUGGCUACUAGCAGGGAAAAUCACAACAAAGGUCCUUUUGAUGGAACAGAAGGAAAAAGACUCUGGCAUAGCUUUGCAGUUCAGAGGGACAAGGUGGUGAAGAAAAGGAAAGAGAAAGUUGAACUCUGCAAACUAAAGGCAAAAGCUGAACAAACUAUGUUGGAAAAAUUUAAGUCAUCUGUGUAUGAUUUGCAUGUUCCCCGUAAAAAGGCAGACAGAGACAAAAAAUGGAGUGAAGAUGUCAGAAUUCCAAAAAAGUCACCUAGCACAUCCACAGAUGUGCAUGAUGAUAGGCCUUUCACUAAGAAGUCAAAUAAAUUAUCUAGGACUUGUGAAGAAGAGUAUGAAGAACGAUAUGAGGAGUUUUCUAAGAAAAAUCUGCAGGCUAAUAAAUGUACACUAUCAACUGAAACACCUCAACGAUGGGACUGUUGUAAAUGGAAAAAACGGGAUGCUGAUUCUCAUCAAGCUACUGGUAAUUCAAGGACUGAGGAAUCAGACUUUGAAGCCCCAGCAGUAUGUUUUAAGCAGAAUUUUGAGGUCCCAUGCACAUCUGACUCCUACCAAGUCAGAGAGAAUAUAAAAUCUAUCCACAAGAGCUUUGAAGCCUUUCCACCCCCUCAAGGCAGUGAGAACCUAGAAGGAGACCAAGAGAUGCAGAUAGUUGAAGAUUUGCAUGUUGCUCGUAUUGAAAAGAGGAUGUCUCUGUCUGUAGCACAGACCUGUGGAGAACUUACAAGUAUGGAAAUAGAUCUUCCAGAACAGGAUUUAAAUAUUUCCGCUGGGGCUUCUACUUCUGGUCUGAACAUAUUAGUGGUGAUUGACACAAACAUAAUGAUCAGUCACCUUGAGUUUGUCAAGUCCCUGAAAUCUGAGGAUAUACCAGGUGUCGGCAGACUUGCACUGAUAAUUCCCUGGGUUGUUUUACAAGAGUUGGACAAUUUGAAGAAGGGGAAAAUGUUGCAGCAUGUUCGGGACAAAGCUAUCCCUGCAGUCCAGUUUAUCUACAUGUGUCUCAAAAAACAAGAUUCAAAAUUGUGGGGGCAAUCCAUGCAGCUUGCUUCUCAAAAAACAUAUGGCCUGAGUGACGAGAAUAAUGAUGAUCGUGUUUUACAAUGUUGUCUGCAGUAUCAGAGCCUCUUUCCUCAAGCUGUUGUCAUACUGUGCACGGAUGAUAAAAAUUUAUGCAAUAAAGCCAUUGUGAGUGAGGUCAAGGCAUUUUGCAAAGCAGAUUUGGUUACUGCUCUACAGAAUCUGAAUGUAAACAGGCAUCAGAAUUGUGUUGAGCUGCAACAGUCAAAAUAUGAUGCGGAAUUCCAGAAAACAGAAAGAAGCGAAGCUCAUUUUUCUGCUCAAUUCCCAAAUAUACUUCCAGAUCUUGAAAAGAACUUAGGAGAAGCUUUAUCAUGUAUUUUGGAGACUGAAAUGAAAAUUGCAUUUGGAAACCUGUGGAUGGAGAUACUGUACCUGAAGCCACCAUGGACAUUAGCAAACUUGCUGCAGUGUUUUAAAAAACACUGGGUGGCUGUUUUUGGUUAUGUUGUGCCAAGGAGCUUACUUGCAACUGUUGAAUGUCUCUAUAAACACCUUUGUACAGGUAAAACAGUGAACUCCUCAACAGCUGGUAUCUUGCUCCAGGAAUCCAAGAAAUUAUUGCAUGCUUUCAGUUCAAGGUCUGACUAUAAUGGUGUACUUCCCCAGGCUUAUGCCGAAGUGAAUAAGCUGUACCAAACAUUUACAGAGGUGAGGUCAGACAGUGAGCAGGAUUUAUCAGAAGACAUCAUGGUUCUUUCAGAAAGUGUUCCAUGUGAAAGAAUGGAAGCAACAACACCAAAUCUGCAAAAUUGUGAAGAAAAAAAGUUACCUGCAAGCAUUCAUGUGUCUCAAGAAAACAGGCACCAGGAAAUCUGGUCAGUCCUUGAAGGUGUAUGGAAUACAAUGAACUUGUACAGUCUUGAAAUUUUCCAAAAGUUGGACCCCAGCACAGUAACUGCAAAGUCUUCAUUUGAAGAAGCUUUUUUAGGUCUGCAGAAACUGUUGGCAGCUGUGAAUGACAUCCUUGAAGGAAUUCGUAGAAUUUUGACCCCAACCAGUAGUUUCCAAGACAUUUGGACACUCUAUAACUUCCUCAUAAGCAAUGAGAUAUAUAACAGUAUAAAAUUUACUGCUGAGGAGCUUUAUGAGUGUGUUUCACAAGAGUUGUAUCGAGAAAGACUGGAAGUUGGAUGUUGCCAACUGGCCCAGCUGGAGCACACUAUUAAGCAGUGCAACGCAUCUGCUCACAUGGAAGCAAAGAACAGGGGCUGGCUGUGACACUUGACUCAAGGUGUGGAGCUGCGGUGCUCACCUCCCUUUGUUUGCCUUGCCCACAUGAAGUCCUGCUCCUCAGAGGCAUGGUGGGAGGGAAGGGAAUAUUCACGGAGCCAAAAAAAUCUGCCUUCUUCUUUCUCAAUGGUGCCGUUUUAUAUUUGAGUUGAAGGGAAAACAAAAACAAGUUAUACAUGUAUAACAUUAAAUGUCAGAAUUUCUGC